AUGCCUCCAUCGACUUUGAUUCCUCCAUUCUAUUUUCCCAAAGCAAACAAGCGCACAAAUGACAAGCAGCAUGCCCUCAUGAACACGAUCAAAGAAGCCUUCCAUCAAAAGGAGCACCUGACAGAACUCGAGUUUCUUCCGGUAACCACAGCAUGCGCACUGCCUCAGUACAUGAAUCUAGCUCUGUUUCGUGCAAUUGACAUGCUGAAUGACAAGAAUGACCAGGUUACGUUUGCACAAUUCCAAAGGAGUUGGCCUCUAUUAACGCAGGACGCAUCAAUGGAUGAUAUUCAUUCUUUAAUGUUCACUAUCCUUAAAAAGUCUGAAUUGGAUUACUUGACUCCUGAUGACUUUUUGCCUGUAUUGGAAGACAUUGUAUUAAACCACCCUGCAUUGCAGUUCCUUGAGAACAACAUUACAUUUCAAGAAAGAUACAUUGAAACUGUGAUCUGCAGAAUCUAUUACGAUGCGCAUUGUCCAAAUGGCAGGCUGACAUUCCACAGCUUUAAAAAGAGCGGCAUAGCUUCCCUUAUCCAAAGAAUAACGCCUUCCAUUGAUCUGUACACGACACACAACCCCUUUUCGUACAAGCAAUUCUAUGUCUUGUACUGCAAAUUGUGGUCCCUAGAUAGAGACCACGACUUGGCCAUCACCGAGACGGAUCUCUGCAACUACAAUAUGGGUGCUUUGACACGAUUGGCCGUGGAGAGAAUCAUGGAAGUGGGCCAUAUUGCUGCAUUUACAGACACCAUAGUGAUGGCGGAUGACGAUACAGCAGCGGCAGUGGCAACAGUAGACUCGAUUGAUAUUCCCGUGGCAGACACUCAAUCUACCCUGACCUACUUUGACUUUAUUUGGUUUCUGUUGUCAGAGGUAGACAAAAGCACACCAAUGGCUAUUCGUUACUGGUUUCGUUGUCUGGACAUGGACGAUGACGGCAUCUUGUCUUCUUAUGAGUUGAGUCAGUUUUGGCAAGACCAAAACAUAAAGCAGCAGGUGUACGGUAGCAUACAGCCCGAGGAUAGAAUUCAAUUUACUGAUGUGAUGCGCCAAAUGAACGAUUUAAUCCGCCCAAAAGUGCCAGGCCAAUUCACGAUGCAAGACCUCAAGAAGAAUGUCUUUUUAGCAGAACGGUUCUUUGAUACAUUUGUCAACUUUGAUCGAUUCCAAGCCCAUGAAUCGCGUCAAGAAGGAUCCAUCCGGGAACAACAGACCUAUCAGAAUAGGCUGCUUGAGGAUGCCGGCGUGUAUGGUGCUCAGGAGCCCGUCCUCAUGACAGAUGAUUUUGGUUUCCCCAUAUUAAGUAAUUGGAAUGAUUACGCAGAUGUAGAGUACCACCGCAUCAUUGUGGAUGAAAGCUAUGCCAACUCGUAUGAAGCAGAGGAUGUUGACAAGGAUAACGAUGUUUUAGCAGCAGAUGAAGGGCUCAUCAUGUGCAAGCACACGUCUAUCAGUACCAAUGCAUCCACUACACAACAGAAUGCCGCCCAAGCCCACCAACAUACCCUGUACAAGCAAGAUCAAGAUCAAGACGACAUCUCAUCGCUCACAUCUGCAUCCUCAUCCGAUGCUGAAGAAGACUCAUCACCCUCUGAAAAGACCACAUCAAAUCGAUUCGCUGAUGCAGAGGCCGAUAGCAAUGACGAUGAUGACUUUAAGGAUACUUGUACACUUCAUUCCCUGUGUAUAUUCACACCAAAUGCGCCGGCAGGAAGCGAGAUUGAAAGCAAGUCAUCGACUCCCAUCUCGGAUGCUCUGACAAAUACCACUACUACUACAUCCUACUUCAAUUUCAAGACAGAGACUCAUUGCCACCACCAUCAAAAACACACUGUCUCUUUUGCCCUUUGA